AUGUCCACAUCGAAAGGUUGUCGAGGAGAGGACUCUCGCGCCGAAAAGGUCGCCAACCUGGACUUUGAAGCCCGCGUACCGGUCCCCUUCAGUAUCUUCCCUCGGACGUACAAGGAGACUGAGGUAGAAACCACCACCCACACUCACGAAGAGGUACAAAUCGAUCUCCCCGCCAAACCAGAGAAAGCCGGACGGGAAGGUCAAUACUCUUCUAUCUCUGCUUCUGCUCAGUUACCUCCGCGUCAAGAGCAACACUUCAGCGAAGAAGAGGUCCGCAUCACACGUGAAGAAGAACGUUACCGCCGUCCCGGUGCCCACAGCGAGCAUUACGAGGAGCACAGUAAACCUCACACUUCUUACUCUGAAUCUCACUUCAAACCCUCUCGCCCUUCCUCUUCCUUCUCUAUCACAGAGACUUCAGUUGAGGUCGACCGUCACCAGCCUCACCUUAGCUCCAUUGACCGCAUCGAACGUGAAUAUCGCGCUCGAGCUCAGUCAGCCUACAAGGACAACGUCAGCGUAGCCGACAGUACUGUCGACCCUCCUAGGCCUAGCUCUCACUUCGGUUCCGAGCACUCGCACUCGCACUCGCACUCUCACUUUUCCAAGUCUACUGUCGACCCUCCCAAGUCGUCAAUCCCUAGUUUUACCGAGGAAAUCCGCAUUAGCGAGACGACUGUUGAUCCCCCCAAGGCUGGUUCAUCCUUCCACAGGGACACAGAAAUCACCGAGGAGACCGUAGAGUAUCCUCAACCACCUAAAUCACCCAGCUCUAAGAAGAGUAGAAUGGGAUAUUACGACUCUACUGGACACCACCACUCUCUCCGUGAAGGACUACACAAGAUGGCUGACCGUGUCUUCCACUCUGAGGGCGAGCGCCACGACGUCGUUCGCGAGUCUCACUCUGGCCCCAAGACCAAUGGAGCUGGCCACGUCCCUAACACUGUUACUAUCCCCUGCCACCACAUUCGCAUGGGUGACAUCUUGAUCCUCCAGGGUCGUCCUUGCCAGGUCAUCCGCAUCUCGACCUCGUCGGCUACUGGCCAGCACCGCUACCUUGGUGUUGAUCUCUUCACCAAGCAGCUUCACGAAGAGUCCUCCUUCGUCUCCAACCCUGCCCCUAGCGUUGUCGUCCAGACCAUGCGCGGCCCUGUCUUCAAGCAGUACCGUGUCCUCGACAUCCAGGAUGGUACUAUCGUCGCCAUGACCGAGACUGGCGACGUCAAGACGGGUGUCCCCGUCAUUGACCAGUCCAACCUGUGGUCGCGCCUGACCCAAGCCUUCAACGCCGGCCACGGCAGUGUCCGCGUCCUCGUCCUCAACGACGGCCCUCGUGAGCUCGUUGUUGACAUGAAGGUCAUUCACGCCUCCAGCUUGUAA